AUGCUUUGUAUUUAUUCGUUAAAAGCUUUGCUUUCUGAUCUUUAUUAUUAUUAGCACUAACAAUAAAAUCUCUAUUCAGUUAUCUCAGUUAGGAUAAUUAGUAAAAAGUUUCUAACUAGUCUUUUAAAAUUUAAAUAUUUAGAAGAUACAAUUUAAAUUGUCAUUCAUAUAUUUUUUUACUUUUUUCUAAAUAAAUAAAAAUUAAAUUUAAAUAUUUUUAUGUAUAAUGAUUGGAAUUUGAGAAUAUUUUAGUAAAUUUUAAUAACUUUUUAGUCUCUAUUAAAAACUUAGAAAAGGGUAGAUAAAAAAAUACAUAUUUAAGAGUAGAUAUAAAAUAUUGAAAUAAGAGGAUAGGUGUGA